AUCAUCAAUUUUUUUGCACUUUAUGGAGAGAGAUCAAGGAUUUUAGUAUGAUCGCUACACCACAUUGUUAACAAUUCAAUCACUUGCUUUUAAAUGACCGUUAAGCCCAAGAACCCCGCGACUGCAUUAUCUAGGUUUUCAUUCACCCCAAAGGAGCAUCUCGUGGAAGCUCUCCAAAACCACAACAAACCACUUCCCCCUCAUUACUCAAACCAUCCAAUCACCUCCCAACUCCAGAGAUGCCACACAUUUUUGCAUCUCAAAUCCAUCCAUGCCAAUUUGAUCAAGACCAAUCUCAACCAAGACCCCUUCUUCAUGAACCAGUUUGUGGCCACAUCGUCCAGCCUCCGCCAAAUCGAUCAUGCCUACCAAGCGUUUGCCGAAAUGUCUGAUCCAAAUUCCUUCGUGUAUAAUGCCAUUAUUGGUGGCCUCGUUCAAUAUUCUCGAUCCCGUGAAGCCCUUGAAUUGUACAUGUGCAUGCUGAAAACUUCGAUUCAAUCGACGAGUUAUACAUUCUCCUAUUUGAUAAAGGCUUGUGCACAGAUACCGUCUCUUGGGUUGGGUGAAGCAGUUCAUGGGCAAAUUCGCAAGUUGGGUUUUGGGUCGCAACUCGUGGUUCAGACGGGACUGAUCGAUUUCUACUCAAACUUUGAGAGGAUCGGCGCAGCAAUGAAAGUGUUUGAUGAAAUGCGUGAGAGAGAUGUCGUUUCGUGGACCGCGAUGCUUUUCGCCUAUGCUAGAGCUGGGGAUAUGGAGUUGGCGAGGAAACUUUUCGACGAAAUGCCGCAAAGGAGCACUGUGUCAUGGAAUACGAUGAUCGCAGGGUAUGCGAGGUUGGGUAAUGUUGAGAUGGCUGCUUCUCUCUUUAAUGAGAUGCCGAACAGGGACAUAGUCUCGUGGACCACCAUGAUCUGCUGUUACUCUCGCAACAAAUGCUUCAGAGAAGCCAUUGUGACUUUUGAAGCAAUGAUAUCCGUUGGAAUAAGCCCAGAUGAAGUGACCAUGGCCACAGUUAUCUCAGCAUCCGCGCAUUUAGGCGCUUUGGACUUGGGUAGGGAGUUGCACUUAUAUUUGAUGCUCAAUCGGUUUGCUUUCGAUGUGUAUAUGGGCUCUGCAUUGAUCGAUAUGUACGCAAAGUGUGGGAGGAUAGAGAAAGCUCUUCUGGUGUUCUACAAGUUGGAGAAGAAGAAUAUAUACUGUUGGAAUUGUAUAAUCGAGGGAUUAGCAGUUCAUGGGCUUGCCAAGGAGGCAUUGAAUAUGUUCGAUAGGAUGAAGAAGGUAGCUAAGAUCAACCCAAAUGGUAUUAGCUUUUUGAGUGUUCUUAGUGCUUGUAAUCACACAGGACUUGUCGAAGAAGGCCGAAAGAUGUUCUCAAGCAUGAUUGAAGAUUACUCAAUUUCUCCAGAAAUCGAGCAUUAUGGUUGCAUGGUCGAUCUUCUUAGCCGUGCCGGUCUUCUAAAAGAGGCAUUUUCUCUAGUAAAUAGUAUGGAGAUUGAGCCAAACUCGGUUAUUUGGGGAGCUUUGCUCUCUGGAUGCAAAAUCCAUGGUAAUAUGGAGAUUGGCGCGGUUGCAAUGAAGAAGCUGUUGGAUUUGGAACCAAGUAAUAGCGCACAUUACAUGCUUCUGGUUAACAUGUAUGCCGAGGGGAACAGAUGGGACGAGGUCGCAGAGAUUAGGACUAAGGUGAAAGCGGGAGAGGUGGAGAAGAGAGGCAAAGGAUGUAGUUGGAUUGAGAUUGAUAGGAUAGUGCAUGAGUUCGCCGCUUGCGAUUUCUCGCAUCCUUUGUCGGACGAGAUUGAAGUAAUGCUGGCUGAGUUAAAUGGGCAGCUUAGGAUUGCAGUUUACCUUCCAGAGCUGCAUAUCACACCUGAGUCAAUAUGGUGUCCUUACUGUGGCUGUGAUAGUAAAAUACAUUGAAUCUGAUUACUAUCUUCUGGCUAAAUUUUACCAGAUAAAGAAUAGUUCUCUUAAGUUCAAAAGUCAUUGUAAAGAUAGUGAAAAGUAACUCUUUCGACCUCAUCUCAUUGAUUCAUCAUAGCAAUUAGGGAAUGUAACUGAAACAUUUCACUGGAGCUACUGCUCCAGAACAAAUUCUUCUUUCAGAACCUUGUUAUCUAA